AUGUUGGCGAAGGGGCGAGGUGGGAAGAUUAGGGCACCGAGAAGAGGCCUCACGAAAGAUGAUGUCGACUUCGACUCGGUAUGGAAUACACUGUCAACUGCGUUUCUGGAAAUCCACAGCAAGAAUGCCUCCAGACUUUCGUUCGAAGAGCUCUUUCGGAAUGCGUACAAGUUGGUGCUGAAAAAGAAGCAAGACUUCCUAUAUGAUCGGGUGGUCCAACUAGAAGAGUCAUGGCUGCGGGAUCAUGUCCGACCAAGGAUUCUGGGGUUCAUCACACCCACCAUGACCGUCGGCAGCCUGGAACAGGCCACGGGUACUCAAUCGAACGAACGCAGAAUUGCUGGCGAACGAUUCAUCAGAGCUGUUACGGAUGCUUUUGCUGACCAUCAACUAUCCAUGGGCAUGAUCACGGAUGUUCUGAUGUAUAUGGACCGUGUCAACAGCCAAGAUCAAAGACGGCCUUCGAUAUUCGCAACUGCGAUGGCAUUGUUCCGGACACACGUGCUUCGCACACCUCUUAGUGAGGACGCUAGCUUUGAUGUUCUGUUGCUCCUCGAAACCGUUGUGCUGGACAUGAUCAGAAUGGAACGGAGUGGAGAAGUCAUCGACCGUCCUCUGGUACGGGCCUGUUGCUACAUGCUGGAAGGUCUAUACGAGAGUUUCACCGAGGACGAAUCGACCAAAUUGUACUUGACCUCCUUCGAACCACAAUUUAUUGCAGCGAGCCGACAGUUUUACCAGGAGGAAGGCAAAACACUUCUGGCCGAAGCAGACGCCAGUACCUUCUGUACGCAUGCUAGUAGGAGAUUGUUGGAAGAGACCGAGCGAUGUCAACAAACCAUUUCUCAAAUCACGGAAACGAAAAUCAAACAUGUGGUGGACGAGGAAUUGAUCUCUACCCACAUCCGCGAUGUCAUCAAUAUGCAGGGAACCGGAGUCAAGUACAUGCUGGACAACGACAAGAUAGAAGAUCUGGCCAAUGUUUUCGACUUGAUCUCUCGGGUGGACCCGAAGAAGGUCGCCCUCAAAGACGCAGUUCAGAAACGAGUCAUUGAGCUGGGAACGGAUAUCAACAAGUCCGCGAAUGUUAUCAGCGAGGCCCCGCCACAACCAAGAACGGCAGCAAAAACUGGCGCAGACGCAAAAGCAGCACCAGAAAAGACACUUAGCCAGCAGACUCAGGCCGCGAUCGCAUGGGUCGAGCAAAUCUUGGAAUUGAAGAACAAGUUUGACAGGGUCUGGGUCGAGGCAUUCCGGAGAGAUGGGGUGAUGGAAAAGGCUCUGGAAAUAUCCUUCCAGGAUUUCAUCAAUGCCAACGACCGAAGUCCCGAGCAUCUGUCACUUUUCCUUGACGAAUAUCUCAAACGUGGCGGACGAGAUAAGACCGAUGCGGAAGUGGACGCUCUGCUCGACAACGGCAUCCUCUUGCUGCAAUACCUUGCCAACAAGGAUCUAUUCGAGACAUACUACAAGAAGCAUAUGGCCAAGCGUCUUCUCAUGAAGAAGUCUGUCAGCCGUGAAAUGGAACGCCAGAUGCUCUCCAAGAUGAAGAUGAAGAUUGGCAAUCAAUUCACCCAGAAAUUGGAAGGACUGAUCCGAGACACCGAGCUGUCGGACAGUCUCAGUACACAAUACAAGGAAUAUGUCAACAAAUUGGGAGACCCAGACCCAAGACGGAUUGAUUUGGAUUGCCGAGUCUUGACUACAACGGUCUGGCCCUUCGAAACCUUGUUCCGCGCCGACAACGACGACGAGUCUCGACGAGAAUGCAAGUUCCCUGCCCCUGUGGAGCGGAUUCGACAGAGAUUCCAGAAGUUCUAUCUCGACAAGCACACCGGCCGCAAACUAACCUGGAUGCCUAGCCUUGGGGAUGCGGACUUGCGGGCGACGUUCACCACCGGUGGCAAGACUCGACGCUACGAGGUGAAUGUGUCUACGUACGGAAUGGUGAUCUUGAUGCUCUUCAACGAUCUCGCCCCUGGAGAGAGUCUUACAACGGAGCAAAUUGCCGCGGAAACAAACAUUCCAAAACACGACCUUAUUCGCAACCUCCAAUCUUUGUCCUUGGUUUCCAAGUGGAGGUUGCUCAAGAAAGAACCGAUGAGCAAGGACAUCAAACCCACGGAUAAGUUCUACUUCAACGAAGACUUUUCCAGUCAAUUUCUCAAGAUCAAAGUCAGUGUCGUGGCUGGUGGGGCGAACCGGAUCGAAAAUAGUGAAGAACGACGAGCCACCCAGAAGAGGACGGAUGAUGAGCGUGGUCAUGUUAUCGAGGCCGCCAUCGUUCGAAUCAUGAAGUCACGCAAGACCGCAUCGCAUUCACAGUUGAUGACUGAAACAUUGCACCAGUUGUCCGGACGAUUCCAACCAGACGUGAACAUGAUCAAGAAGAAGAUUGAGGCGCUGAUUGAUCGGGAAUAUCUGGAGAGAGGGUCCGAUCCGGCCAAGCCAACCUACAACUACCUUGCUUGA